GCGGUACUAUCGAUAUGAUUAGCUAAGAUUGCACAUUCAAAAUAAGAAAUGGAAUGCUUGGGCAAUCCACUUUUAGUGUUUUGCUCACAAAAAUAAAAAUAAAAACAAAACAAAAACAAAAACAAAAUUCAUGCAAAAAUGAGUAAUCUCUGUUCCUCCUCCUCCAUCUCCAUAGCUUUUUUUUGUUUAAAAAAUUAAUCAAAAAUUAUAGUAUUCUGGCUUGCUGUAUAAAUUGAUUUUUAGGAAAAAAGUUAAUGUGUAACACAUAUUUAAUCUUUUAUAUUUCAACAAAGUAAAAGUGAUAUAUAUUUUUAAUCUCUAUAAUUAUUUUAUAUUAAUCAUUUAUUCAAUAAUACAGUGAAACACAGUACUAGGGACGAGAGAAGGAAAAAAGAAAGAAAGAAAAACAAUGCCUAAAGUACACAAAAGGAAAAACGGACACUUCAAAUGCAACCGACAAUCCUCCUCACAGGAAUCAUACUCUAAUCACUCAAUUAAAAAAUCUCCACUUGCUCCACUUUACAGUUUACACUUAACAAAUCCCACUCUGCUUCUCAGACCUCCUUGUACUCCAAAUCUUAACUCUUCUCUUUAUCGCUCUCACAGGCUGCAGAAGAUGGGAUCGGUAUCACUGAAAAUAGGAGAUGGAACAGCCAGAUUCAAGAGAGCUACAAUUUGUUCUUCAGCAGUCAACAUUCUUAUGCUCUUUUCUGUUAUCUCUACUAAUCUUUUUGCUCUAUACGCCUUCACUUCUUCUCCUAAAGACCAACAUCAAGCUCACAUCUUUCACCAUCCCCACAAGAACAUUUCUUUAAUCUCUGAACAAGUAUCUUUAAUCCUUAAAGAGAUUGAUUCUUCCCAGAAAAAGCUUGCAAAGAUGGAGAAGGAACUCUUAGGCUAUGAAACUAUUGAUAUUUCAAGACCCAAUAUUGCUAAUGAACUCAAAUUGUUUCUCCAACAUCAUCAACUCCCUCUUGGUAAAGAUUCUAGAACUGGGAUUACUGAGAUGGUGGCAUCUGUUGGCCAUUCUUGUGAGAAAUCUGCUGAUUUGCUGUCUCAGUACAUGACUUAUAAGGUUUCUGGUCCUUGUCCUGAUGAUUGGAGCCUUGCCCAGAAGCUGAUUUUGCGCGGAUGUGAACCUUUGCCAAGAAGGAGAUGCUUUGCUAAGUCUGUUCCUAAGGUGGGUCUUUCUCCUUUUCCUAUUUCUUUGUGGAAACCUGUUAGUGAUAAGAUUCUAACUUGGAGUGGUCUUGGUUGCAAGUCUAUCGAUUGUUUAAAUAAAAAGAAAUUUUUGACUAGGGAUUGCGUUGGUUGUUUUGAUCUAACUAAUGGGAAUGAGAAUCAAAAAUUUGUUAAGGCUAAAAGCAAGAAUGAUUUUCUUAUUGAUGAUGUUCUGGCUUUAGCAAGUGGGGGAAUUAGAAUUGGAUUUGAUAUUGUUGGCGGGUCUGGUACUUUUGCUGCUAGAAUGGCUGAGAGGAAUGUGACUUUGAUCACUAACACCUUGAAUAUUGAUGCUCCGUUUAGUGAAUUGAUUGCAGCAAGAGGGCUUUUCCCUAUGUAUUUAAGCUUAGACCAUAAGUUCCCUUUCUAUGAUAAUGUGUUUGAUUUGGUCCACGCAUCCAGCGGAUUGGAUGUUGGAGGGAAACCUGAAAAACUGGAGUUCUUAAUGUUUGAUGUUGAUCGCAUUUUGAGGGCUGGUGGAUUGUUUUGGUUGGAUAACUUUUGUUGUGCUGAUGAUGAAAAGAAGAGGACUUUGACUCGGUUGCUAGAGCGGUUUGGUUACAAGAAGUUGAAAUGGGUUGUGGGGGAGAAGGUAGAUACAGCUGGAUCAGGAAAAUCUGAGCUUUACUUAUCUGCAGUGCUGCAGAAGCCAGCAAGAAUGUGAUGGUUAGCAUUUUCACAACAAAACUGCAAGAAGUAAGAAUAUCACUCACAUUUCUAGGUUUUUCCUUUUUUGCACAGAAUUUAUCCGAGUGCGCUGCUCCAAACAUCGUUAUGAAAUUUGUUUCAAGGUGCAAUAAGUACAUCACUUGUCUUCUUUUUUUUUCUUCCUUUACUGUAAACCGGCAGUGGAAGGUGAUAUUUUUCUUCUGUAACUUAACUUUUUAUCUUAUGCACUUUAGGGGAUUCUUGUUGUCGAAGCUAUAUCUUAGGAAAUGAAGAAAUUACAAUAUUUUCUUGAAA